GGGUGGGGUGGCUGGAGCGGGUUGUUGUCAUGGAAACAAAUUCCGGAAACAAGAGGCGCAGUGCGGGCCUUGGAGUGGAGAGGGAAAGAAUAUGGCGCAUUACCGGGCUGGUGAUUCCCGCAGAGAGCAAUUUCGUAGAUACUUAGAAAAAGGUGGCGUGCUGGAUACGCUCACUAAAGUGCUGGUUGCCCUCUAUGAGGAGCCGGAGAAGCCCAACAAUGCAAUGGAUUUUUUGAAACAGCAUUUGGGAACAACAGGCCCUGAAACUGCAGAUGUGGAAACACUGCGACUUGAAGUGAUAGAACUAAGACAGAAAUAUGAAUUGUUGCUGGAAGAAAAUAAGGAAUUAAAAGCAAAGCUUGCACAGUUCGAGCCCCCAAAAGAGGAAGGGCAACCUGAAUAAUAAUUCAAGACUUCCCACGUUAUCAGAAGAAUGCAUGAAAGGGAUCUGAUAAAAUCAUCUGGCAAAUAGUAUUAAUUUUGGAGAAUUGGCACCUAUUCUGGAAGAAAUGCAGCCAGUCAUUUUAGGUUACACAUGCCAAAACAAAAGUUACUUUAAGCUAAAAAAAAUUAUGCCAUUGUUGUAUACCUGUCUGCAAUGCAGCAUUUGGAAGUGGAUAUUCAACAGAAUUUUUACUCAAUGCAUCUAAAUUCUACACAAACAUUUGAUUCAGAUAUAGCCCUACAAACCAAUGCAAGUUGCACAUGUUUCAUUGGAUCCUAAAUUUUGUUAAUAUUGGCAUGAUGUUACCAGAUUUCUGAAACAAAUUUCAGUAACUUUGUUUCACCAAACAUGUUUGUUAAAGUCAUUUUGCACUUUGUGGGGAACAGUACUGAGCACUCUUGUCUGGCAUAUCCUGUUAGUUUGGGGGACAUGGGGACGGAUAAGCUAGGGGUUAAUAGCUUUAAGUCACAUUAGGCCAAUAGAAUCUGUAUAUCAGUUCACAAGCCAAACUGAACAAGUGGAACUUGGCAGCAGUCAAGUAUGAAUGUUGACCAUGUUGGAUGGUUUGCUGUCAUUGGGCCAGUAUUUUGGACAAAAUCUGGCAACCAGGCCGUGAUCCACUAACGUGACUAGGCACUGGCAUUUUUGGAGCAGGAGGAACAUCUUAUCAGCAAACUACACUAAUGCUGAAACCAGGCCCAUUUGGCUCAAUUAAUGUCCAAGUUUUAUUGUUUUUUUAGUUGUACAGAAGUUCAAUUUUUCCCUUUUUUGUAUUCACUGAAUAAAUUUUCUUUGCACAUCA